AUGCAGCGGUACGGAAGGGACGACCACCAAGAGAGAGAGCCCUUGGGCGACCCACCCGACUACAACACGCCCCCCAGACAAGCCGGCGGAAAUGUCUACAAUUAUAAUUAUGAUGAAGCGGAUUCACCAUAUUACGACGACGCCUCACCGCAGCGACCGCAAGACGCAUUCAGAAUGCAGCAGCAACAUCAACCUUGCCAGUCGUAUCAGCCUUAUGUAGGACAUGAUGAUGCUUCGUCUGCCAGUCGUGGCUAUGGCCACGAAGCGGUUGCACCGGCGCCUCCUCAACACAAUGACUUCACCGCGUACAAUAGAGGCCCUGCCCAGGAUGGCCAGGAUCACCCGUAUGCGCAACACGUGGCCCAAAGCAACAUUACACCAGGGGCUGACAACUUCGGCGAGCAUGCAUCUGGGGGCAUGGCUGGUAUUGCUUAUAGCGUUGCUGAUCACAGGGCUCAUGAAACCGGAAUGGGGGCUGCGGGAGGCAUCGGUCAACUACCUCCUCCACCAUCGCGGAGCCAGUAUCCCAGUGCGCACGAUGCCGGAUACAACAGCUCACAGCCUGGCGGGUAUGCUCCAGAAACGGUUUACAACCGCGGCCUAGGACAACAUCAACUUCCCGCGCAGGGUUCUGGGUCAAGUCUCAAUCCUUUCGGCACUCCCUCUGCCACCCACUCCCCGACAAGAAGUCUUCGAAGUUUUGGUGGCGAGUCCUUUGGAGAUGAGCCCUAUCAGGCAAUGCCAACAAACGGACACAGAUACCACGACGCCAACCUGGGUGUCGUUAAUCCGAAUGACAUUGUUGACGAUGGUGAUGACGGCUUGAACUAUUCACGGCAUAGCCAGCGAAAUUCGAUGCUCAGUUUACCACACUCUGACCGAGGAAGAGCAGGGGUUGGUGCUGCGGCUGGUGCCGGCGCCGCUGGGAUUGGGGCCGCGGCGGCCGCUGGAGGUAUUUUUAAUCGAAACGGUCGCAGUGAGUCCGAGCUUGCGCGCGAAAAGCCAGACAACUGGGUAGCACCCGACAAAGGUCGCAGCAAGAAAUGGAAAUGGCUCGUGAUUAUUCUGGUCUUUCUUGUAGUUGCCGGCGCCAUCGUGGGUGGUGUUGUCGGAAGUAUGAUUGCCGGCAACAAGAAGUCUGGUGGCAGCAGCAGUGGUGACUCGGCGGCGGAUGACACAAACAAAAAUGGUGACCUCGACAUCAACAGCAAAGAGAUCAAGGCGCUUCUCAACAACAAGGACCUCCACAAGGUGUUUCCCGGAAUGGACUACACACCUCUGAACACGCAAUAUCCCGACUGCGUACACAAUCCGCCGUCGCAAAACAACAUUACCCGCGACGUUGCAGUUCUCAGCCAGCUUACCAACAAAAUUCGCUUAUACGGCACCGACUGUAAUCAGACUCAGAUGGUGAUCCAUGCCGUCAAUCAGCUCAAGAUGCAGAACGAUAUCAAGAUCUGGUUAGGUGUAUGGCAAGACGGCAAUACGACAACCAACACGCGACAACUACAACAGAUGUGGGACAUCCUUGAUCAAUAUGGCGAGAAACCAUUUGAAGGCAUUAUUGUUGCCAAUGAAAUCCUCUUCCGUAAAGAGAUGUCGAUAACCCAACUCGGUACCAUUCUUGAUGGUGUUCGAACCAACCUGACAACCAAGAAGAUCAACUUGCCCGUGGCGUCGUCUGACCUUGGUGACAAUUGGCAACAGGGUUUGGCCGAUAAGAGCGACUACAUCAUGGCCAAUAUUCAUCCAUUCUUCGCCGGGGUGUCGGCAGAGCAGGCAGCGUCUUGGACGUACAGUUUUUGGACUAAUAGGGAUAAGCAAUACUGGAAAUCUGAGACGUCGAAAAAUGUCAUUUCGGAGACGGGCUGGCCCAGCGAUGGCGGCAAGGACUGUGGUGCCUCCACAACAUGCGGGCCGUCAACGCCUGGUGCGGUCGCGAGUGUCGACAACAUGAAUCGCUUCAUGGACGACUGGGUGUGCCAGGCGCUUGCCAAUGGCACCAAUUACUUUUGGUUCGAGGCAUUUGACGAGCCUUGGAAAGUUCGGUUCAAUGAGAAGGACAAGGAAUGGGAAGACAAGUGGGGUCUGAUGGACGUCAACCGCAAGCUCAAGAGUGGUAUCAAGAUCCCUGAUUGCGGCGGCAAGACGGUAUAG